CUACUGGGUUCCUUCGAACCGAGGCGUCCUGGUUCCACGCCUGGGUUCCAAGGAACCCAGGGCUUGGGUCUCGAUGGAACCCAGGCUCUGGGUUUCUGAACCCAAGCGUCCUGGGUUCAGGACGCUUGGGUUCCAUCGAGACCCAGGCCCUGGGUUCGAUCGAACCCAGGCUCUGGGUUUCCCAGGCGUCUUGGGUUCGUUCGAAACCCAGGGUGCCUGGGUUCGUAAACAAACCCAGGGUGCCUGGGUUCGUUCGAAACCCAGAGCCUGGGUUCGAUCGAACCCAGGACGCUUGGGAAACCCAGGCUCUGGGUUCGUUCAGAACCCAGGCUGCCUGGGUUCGUUCGAAACCCAGAGCCUGGGUUCGUUCAGAACCCAGGCUACCUGGCUAAUCAUUACGGCCGGCCCUGAAGUUAUAUUGCGAUUUCAUCAAUUGGAAACACAAGCUCUGAUUUUAGUGCUCGUAGUUUCAAUGGAUACUGAAGCAGUGAUCGAGUUCUUAGGUAACGUUCCAUUGCUGCAGAGGCUACCGAGCUCGUCUUUGAGGAAAAUUUCCCAAAUCGUCGAAGUUAAGCACUAUGAGAAAGGGGAGUAUGUUGUUCGAGCGGGUGAAGUUGGGGAUGGAAUAUAUUUCAUAUGGGAAGGAGAGGCAGAGGUCUCUGGAUCAGUUCAUACUGAGGAAGCAAAUCGUCUUGAAUAUCAGUUGAAACAAUGUGAUUACUUUGGUAAUGGUAUUUCCACAUCUGUUCAUCCAGCGGAUAUCAUUGCUUUAACUAAGCUGAUCUGCUUGGUGCUACCUCACAAGUACUGUGCUUUGCUGGAGGCAAAAUCAAUCUGGAGUGCAGAUAAGACAAUUGACACCUGUGCAGCUGUGGAGCAUAUAUUGCAUUUGGAGCCAAUGGAACUGAAUAUAUUUCAAGGAAUCACUUUGCCAGAUGCUCCAAAAUUUGGAAAGGUCUUUGGAGGACACAAAUUAACUGAUUUUCCUUAUUCUCUUGUCAUGUAUUUCAGGCACUGGCUGCAGCAUCCAAAACUGUUGAUUGCCUUAAAAUUGUCCAUAGCUUGCAUUCUUAUUUUCUGCUUGUUGGGGAUUUUAAUUUGCCAAUUUUAUAUCAAGUUCAUCGUCUACGAGAUGGUAGAAGCUUUGCUACCCGAAGAGUAGAUGCAAUACAGAAAGGAAAUAUCAUAUUCACAUUACUAGCCUCCUUUCAGAAAGAAUUGGAAGGGUUUGACCACCAAGAAGCAACAAUGCCGUCUGUGCCAGCUCCAGAGAUGGUAAUUAACAGUUGCACCUGUUGAUAGUUUUAUAGUCAGUUCCAGUGGUUGGUGUUGAACUCUAAUCCAUUGCAGCUUCUAUCGAUGGAAGAGCUGCGGGAGAGACGUCUCACUGAUCCUCGUCUUCCCAGGUAAGAAUCAUGCUACCUCAUAUUUAUACUUAUUUGGGUUCAGGAAUCUUAACGCCUCAUAUGUUCUUCUUGUGGGCUAAUUUCCUUAAUUUAGUAAUUUGGUCUGUGAGCUAUAAUCUUCCUGAGCCUAAUGAUUGUUGUGUAUAAAGCUUUUACAUUUUGAUAAUCAAUAGCACACAAACAAGUUGAUGAUGUUCCAGAAGUUGGUUGUUUCAGGAGCUACCGUAACAAGGUGGCAACAAAAGAAUUUGUUCCUUGGCCAAUAGAGAUAAGGUUCUGUGAACCUAACAGUUCCACCAACCAGACUAAAUCCCCUCCAUGUUUGAGGUAUUGGUUUAGAGCAAAAGGAAAACUUUCAGAUGAUCAGGCUUUGCACAGAUGUGUAGUUGCAUAUGCUUCAGAUCUAAUAUUUAGUGGCGUUAGUUUGAAUCCCCAUCGAAAGAAGGGCUUUAGGUCAGCUUCUCUCAGUCUGGACCACUCGAUGUGGUUCCAUCGGCACCUUAGGGCUGAUGACUGGUUGUUAUUUGUAACUGUUAGUCCUUCAGCCUGCCAUACCCGUGGCUUUGUCUCAGGACAAAUGUUUAACCGAAAGGGAGAGGUUGUUGUAUCUUUGACACAAGAAGCCCUUCUUAGGUCAGCUGCCCCAGACCCUUCUGCGGUAUCAAAGUUGUGAUCAGCUGAGGGCUGAGGGCUGAAGGUAGGAGUUCGCCUCAGGAGCAUAGAUUUUACUUAAGUUGGGACUUUUUGAUCGGCAUUUUAUGUGUUUGGUAAUUGUACUCAAAACAAAAUGAUAAGGUUAUAUAUUUUGUGCUCAAAAAGCUUAAUGUUGCACGAGAUCUGAUGCAUUAAAAAUGCUGUUUCAAC